AAUUCUGCAAGUGGUUCUAAUUUGCUAUCGCUGUUCUCUAGCUGGCCUAAAACUGCUUUUGACCUAAAGGGACGCUUUUUGGACGCCAUGGACUUUUCUCAGUUUGCAGGCAGAAAGAACAGUAUAAAUGCAGGCAGGGCACAGGACAAAGCACUAGGGGCAAAAUGUAUGUGAAAUGCUUUGAUACAUGUAUUGAGUGAAUGUCACUUUUAACAUUUUUGAAUUUCCCACUGGUUCCGUCCCCUGUACGUCCCGUACGUCCCGUACGUCCCGACGCUCACAGGGACCGGAACCCGGAAGACGGAUGCCGGCAUCUGCCGGAGGAGAUGGCCAGGGACGCUGCAGGGGGGACAU